CCCGCAGCGCCCCCCGCCGCCCGCCUCAUGGCGCCGCCGGCACCGCCCCGCCGAGGCGGAGCCGCGCAGGACGCGGAGGAGCCGCCGCCGCCGGAACAGCCGCCGCCCGCGCCGGGGCCAUGGAGGACUUUCACCCCCACAACGACGAGAUGAUCUUCAACGCUGAUGAGGCCCACAACAUAGUUAAGGAGUGCAUAGAAAGUGUCUUAGGCAAGGCAGAUUAUAAUCACAACAAAGUCAACCAGUGGACUGCAGCUAUAGUAGAACAGUCGCUGACACAUUUGGUAAAGCUUGGGAAAACAUACAAGUACAUUGUAACCUGUGCAGUGAUGCAGAGGAGUGGAGCUGGUCUACACACAGCAAGCUCAUGCUUCUGGGAUACCACAACUGAUGGAACUUGCACAGUGAGAUGGGAAAACCGAACAAUGAACUGCAUUGUGAAUGUGUUUGCUGUUGCUAUUAUCCUGUAGCUGACUGGAAGAUAAAUACAAGCAACACCGAAGCCUUUAAAAAAGGAAAAAGUUCCAAACCCAUGGCAAAAUAUUUCAGACAGCUAUAUUUUUAUUUUUUUUUCUUUAUGAGGAGUUGUAGCAAAUGGAACUUCUCUACAGAGAGCAUAGUCUUAGCCAGUUCUCAUAGAUUUAUUAUUUGAAAUUAAGCAAAAAAUAUUUAUAUAUAGAAAGCAAGUUUAAUAAUUUAAAUAUUCAGAAGUAUAUUAAUAAGAAGAUGCCACAAAGAUCAAUAGAGUUUAUAUCAAAAUUAAUAUCAAAGAUACUUUAUUCAAGAGGAACAUAAAAUAUCUAAUCAAAGAAAAGGUCAAAGGGCAAGCAGGACCUCUCAGGAUUGUGGUGCAUUUGGGAACAAAUUAUGAACGCAACUCUGAGUGCAUGUGUUGUAAGCAGUAUCAGUGCUUCAUGUCUGGUUAAAGCUAACUGUCAUAUUGGAUGCUGGUGCUUCUGAAAUUGCACAAGCAUCACGCUUCAGUCAAGUGUGAACUUCUACAUUGGAAUUAGAUCCGUUCAAGCUUUUCCCCUUGAGGCAGAGGAUGACUUCACUAGGGCGAAGGUGCAAUAUACCUGGGCCUAACGAGAAUUCCAACUUUCCUUCAGAAUGAAGAUCAUAUUUAUUGUCAGUUCAGGGAAUGUCAUGGGUCAGACAUUAGCACUGAACUCAUAAUCACUUUCUAAAGCAUUCUGAAAGUACUUAUAUCUGAUUUUAUUCCAUGACUACAAAUUUGUGACAAGCACUUUAUUGAUUCCUCCUGCAAUGCAAGAGUAGCCAGGAGCUGGGGCAGUAAGAAUGGGCCCACGUUUCUCUGAGUAGGAGUAAGUUGUUCAAAGAGAAGGCACGCACAUUUGUAGAGGCUCCUGUUACCUUUGAAACCAUUUAUCUUGAAGCAACAUACCUGCUCUUUAUAGAAGUAUUUCCUAUAUUCUCUGAGUCUAGAAUCAGACCUUAAUCCUAUGGAAAAAUAGUUAAGUUUUAAGCACUAAGAUUUCCCAUCCUAUAAAGAUUUAUGCAAGUUCUUAACUUUGCUCAUCGGAUGAGUUUUAACUUGAACUAUUCCACAUGGAAGGAAAGCAUUUGCACACACAAGUAUUUGCUGGAUUAGGGCCUACAUUUUUGUUAAUCAAUGCACAAGUUAUAUGAUAAAGAUGUAUCAAUACCGAAAAUGCCUAAAUGAUCGCUGCCACUAAGUGGCAGCUACAUUGUUUUAUCAGAUGCUGCUUAAGGAUAGAAUGUUUUCUUUAUUACUGCAUGUCUUUGGAAGAGACUGGUGACUACCUAACAGCUACUGUAAGGCUGCAGUUUUAACAAAUGAGUAUUAAAGCAUUAUUACACGGUUUUGUUUGUUUUUCUGAUAACUGACUAUUAGGACAUGUAGCAAGUGUCCUGCACAAAGAACAAACUGAAAACCAUGUCCUUGCUUAAACUGUGUAUACACAUAGCUAGUACAAGUAGAAGGAACAUGUAGGUGUAAUUUACAAUGCUGUUCAAAAUCUAUUGCUUUGCAGACAAAUAGAAUUCUGCUUUUACCUAAGUGCAAGUGAAACUAAGCACUGUAACAUUGCCUUUGCCUUAAAGGCAGGUGUAGUGUGAAGAUGUGUAUGUAUGUUGUACCGACCUUCAGAUAUGUAGUAGUUCAACAUUAUUUAGGUGAGCAUAACAAUUUCUGAACUAGAUCCUGACUUUUAAGAGCUGAGUUGUGAAACUAACAAAAAUGAUAGAAUUCUGUGGGUUGGAAGGGACCGUCUAAGGGAUCGUCUAAUUCCAGCCCCCUGCCAUGGGCAGGGAUGCCUUCUGUUAGACCAGGUUGGCCAAAGCCCCAUCCAGCCUGGCCUUGAACACUUCCAGGGAUGGGGACAGAGUUUCACUGAUGUCUGGGACUGCACAAAGUGGAAAACAUAAGUGGAGUAGCAACUGGAACAAGCUUUGGUAGGUUUGAUGCAGCAUAAGAUGUGAGCAAGUACAAAUAGUUGUGGUUGUUAUCCCUGUUCAAUGGGUGCCAUGGUUAGAAGGAAUAUUCCAAAUAGCCAUUUAUAACUCAUUUGGUGUCUUUGCUUUUCUUGAAAAUACAAUGCACUGAGCAAGGCUAUCAGUUUAAUGAGACUUGGUGAAUGUUCCAUUAAAACAAAAAACUUGGAAAAUACUGCUUAAAUGUAAGACUGCUUCAUUUUUCUUUCUACCAAAAAUGAAUAAAGAUUUGCCUUAGUUGUA